CGCGCGUGCGCACUGCGGCGCGGGACUCGGCGGGCGUUGCUGAGGGAGCCGGGCCUGACUGUGGUCGUUUUUAUACCUUCCCGCGCGGACGUCAGCGCUGCCAACGGAAGGGCGGGCAGGGCCGUGCGUGAUUAGGUCGGCGAAGGCUCUGCUGCCAUGAAGGUGAAGAUUAAGUGCUGGAACGGCGUGGCCACUUGGCUCUGGGUGGCCAACGAUGAGAACUGUGGCAUCUGCAGGAUGGCGUUUAAUGGCUGCUGCCCCGACUGCAAGGUGCCCGGUGACGACUGCCCGUUGGUGUGGGGCCAGUGCUCCCACUGCUUCCACAUGCACUGUAUCCUCAAGUGGCUUCACGCACAGCAGGUGCAGCAGCACUGCCCCAUGUGUCGUCAGGAGUGGAAGUUCAAGGAGUGAGGGCUCAGCCUUGCCCUCGCUGGAGGUGGCGUCCUGAGACCCCUCCUCAUGCUGGCGCCAAUGGCUGUAGUCACUGCUGGGGACAGUUCUCUUGGGCUUCAACAAGGUGGAACGAGGGCUGGAGCUUCGUUUGUUUUUCCAUCACGAUGUUGACACUUUUAUCCAAUAAGUAAAACUCAUUAAACUACUCAAAUCUUGCCGGA